AUGGAAGCGAGAGGAAAAACAUCAUCAAACGGCGGCGAAACAAGCAUGUCGGAGAAGAAAACCGAGAAUGGAAGCGAAGUUGUUGUAGAAAUUCGAACAGAAUCUGGGUCUGCCAAAAAGGGCUCAGAAUCUCCCUUUCCCAAACAGCUAACCAAAACAGAUUCUCCUCAGAAAGUCUCCACAGAAUCCACUGGUAUAUCCAAGUCGGUCCCAGUAAUCUGUCCUUCGCCGGAGAUUGGCCGGUUCAGUCCAAGCCCUAACAAGCCUCCGAAGAUUCCGGCCACCAAUGACACUCUCACUCGGAGGAAAUCGCUCAACCGGUCGUCGGUCUUCUCCCGGCCCAAGUCCCGAUUCGGCGAGCCGUCGGUUUCGAUCGACCCCGCCAUAUUUGAAGAGCACAAUGGCACGGACCAGAACGGCCUCGGCUCGCCUCAUAGAGGCUCCUUCAACAAGGCUUCGCCGAACAAUGACUCGAUCGCGCAGAAAUCGGCGGCGGAGGACGAGGACGAUGAGAUUUACAAGAAGGUCGUGCUCAGCGAGGAGAAGCGGAAGAGAGUGAAGGCCAAGGUUGUGGUCGAGUGGAUUAUGUUUUUGUUUCUCGUUGGUUGUUUGACGGCAAGUUUGACGGUUGAGAGAUUGGAGAGGACUCUGCUUUGGGAGUUGGAGCUUUGGAAGUGGGUUGUUCUUGUGAUGGGGAUCAUCUGUGGAAUGUUGGUCACCAAUUGGUUUAUGCGCAUAGUCGUUUUCGUCAUCGAGAGGAACUUUUUGCUUAGGAAGAAGGUUUUGUACUUCGUCCAUGGAUUGAAGAAGAGCGUUCAGGUCUUUAUUUGGUUGUGUCUUGUGCUUCUAACAUGGGUCCUUGUGUUUAACUAUGGAAUUAAGCGUUCGAAAACUGCCAAUAAGAUUUUAGACUACGUGACUUGGACUCUUGUGACGCUUCUAAUUGGGGGGUUUCUUUGGCUGAUAAAGACUCUUUUGUUGAAGAUUUUGGCGUCCAAUUUUCAUGUCAAUACUUUCUUUGAUAGGAUUCAGGAGUCGAUUUUCCAUCAGUAUGUUUUGCAGACCUUUUCGGGGCCUGCGCUAAUUGAGGAGGCCGAGCAGGUCGGGAGGUCGCCGAGCAUGGGGCAGUUGAGUUUCAGGAGUUCUAAGAAGGGAAAGGCGGCGAAAACUAAGGAGACGAUCGACAUGGCCAAGCUUCACAAGAUGAAGCAAGGGAAGGUCUCGGCUUGGACCAUGAAGGUUCUGGUCGACGCGGUUAGUAGAUCGGGCCUUUCGACGGUCUCAAACACAUUGGACGAGAUGGAGAAUGGCGCAAUGGAGCAGACUGAUAAGGAGAUUACAAACGAGGUGGAAGCAACUGCCGCUGCCUAUCACAUUUUCAGAAAUGUUGCUCCACCUGGUUCUAAGUUCAUUGAUGAGGAUGAUCUCUUGAGAUUCAUGAUUAAGGAAGAAGUGGACAUUGUGCUUCUGCUGUUUGGAACAGACAAUGGGCGAAUUGACAGAAAGGCUCUGACUGAUUGGGUGAUUAAGGUGUAUAAUGUUCGAAAAGCACUAGCACAUGCUCUGAAUGACACCAAAACAGCCGUAAAGCAACUGAACAAACUCGUAAUAGGCAUCCUCUUUGUUGUGACCAUUGUGGUGUGGCUUCUACUGACGGAAAUCGCUACCACAAAGGUGCUUCUCUUCCUCUCUUCACAGCUUGUGGUGGCGGCUUUCAUGUUUGGAAACACCUGCAAGACCAUUUUCGAAGCCAUCGUGUUUGUAUUCGUAAUGCAUCCGUUUGAUGUUGGUGACCGCUGUGUUGUUGACGGAGUUCCGCUGCUUGUUGAAGAGAUGAACAUCUUAACCACAGUCUUCUUGAAACUCAACAAUGAAAAGGUAUACUAUCCGAAUUCAGUUCUGUCCACAAAGCCCAUCAGCAACUAUUACAGAAGCUCAGAUAUGGGUGAUACUGUUGAAUUCUCAAUUGAUUUCAUGACACCAGUUGAGAAGAUAGGCCACCUGAAAGAUAAAAUAAACCAGUACAUAGAGAAGAAUCCACUACAAUGGCAUCCCAACCACAGUGUGAUGGUUGUUGAGAUCGAAGAUGUCAACAAGUUAGAUAUGGUUCUCUAUGUUAACCACACCAUAUCGUUUCAAGAGUAUGGAGAGAAGGACAAACGACGAACUGAGCUAGUCAUGGAGAUUAAAAGGAUUUUCGAAGAGGUGGACAUAAAAUACUAUCUGCUGCCGCAAGCAAUUGAGCUUGGCCAAAGUGUUUUAGACACAAUCCCUAUCAAAAGAUGA